AUGACAACUGCCACUACCACCACCAUGGUCACCACCAACGGUCGGUAUCCGAGACCAUAUCGAGGUAACAAAGCGGACUGGUUCGGUCGUUCGUCCAAGUCUCGUGGUAUCGGUCCGACAACCAAUGGACAUUCCUCAGUUUGGAUGCAUGAUGACCGAUUUGGACCCUUCCGGCAAUACAAAAACGGAUGGAAUACAAAAACGGCCGGUACUCGUUUUGGCAAACGUUCCUUGUUCGAUCGAAAAUUCGAUGCCCGAAGUGGGAAAACACUGAUACGGGAAGGCAGUGAGUGGGGCUUCUUCGGCAAAGACCAUCUGAUAGGGUUGGUCCAAAAACAGCAAAUGGAAGGUGUACAUCGACGGGACCCAUUGUGA